AUGCCGGGAAAAGUGGUGUAUUGGUUCUGCUGUUUACUGAUCGUGUUCUUUGUUGGAAAGAUUUUAGCCGAAGACGAAUCGUGGAUCUAUCGCCUAAAUGUGCAAUCAUUUCUCGGUGAUGGAUCCGGUCAUUUGACUGUGAACAAAGAUGGAUCAUAUCAUUUUAUUUCACUGGCAAACCUAUGGAGUUUAUUCAUCAUCGAUGGGGAAUAUUGCUAUCCGAAUUGUCGAGGCACGAUAAAGAAUAAACCGCUCAAAUUCUACAUUGCCCAUUUUACUCCAAUCUAUGAAAUCUUUGAGAUAUCAAUGAAUGAAACUGGAUUAUUCUUUCAGAUCGAGAAUUGUUCCCAAACGAUUCACGAAUCUGAAUCCGUUCAUUUCUCGGCUUUGAACUUUAUCAAUUUGCCGGCGAAUAUUUGCAUUGCCGAAAAUCAUGUGCAACAUGUUUCUUUUCAAUGUCCCGAAUCGAGAGAAGGAGCAGAUUAUUGUGGUCGACUACCGCCAACAACUGCACCAAUCGAACCCUAUCAUUUGUGUAUUGACGAAAGAAAUGGACACGCCGAGGCUGAUCUCGACUUCACAAUGUCUUCAAUAAUCACUUAUGAAAUCAUUCCGAAUUAUAUGCUGGACAAAGGAUCAAACUUUUCGAUAGAUGGAGUCAUAUGCGCUGAACCGUUUUGUUCUGGAACCCUUUCUGGCCCAACAUCGAUGGAUUAUUUCGAUUAUGGAACAGUUUUACGAUUCGAACCGCAAAAUGGUGACAGUGGAAUGGUUUUGUUCACGUUGAAUAAGGAUUCGUUUUUUCACGAGAUUUGCAAAUGUGAGACUCGGAAAAUUUGUGAAAAUGGUGAGGUGAUUUUUGUGAGCACUCUUUGCCCAAGAGCGGAUGAUGAACCGCCGAGGUAUUGCCAAAGAAGUGAUGUUUCUUGCGGAACAACUUCUCCGUCGAUUGAGACGACGAUUGAUGGGUAUACACCAGAAGAAACUACAACGACAAAAGCAGAAACAGGAACGAAUACCAUAAAAUCGACUCUAAGAGAUGACAAAGGUGCUAGUGGAGACAAGGAAAUGCAUUUGAUCAUGGUGAACGUCGACAAUGUGCUGCAGGCUGGUGAUCAAGCUUUUGAACAAGAUUAUGAAGCUUACGGACAAGAACAUGCGACUGCUAGAAUCAUGUCGGCAAUGCAUUUGGCGUCUGUUAAUGCAAAUCAUGAUGUCGAUUUUAUGUUAGGAACAAAUAUGGGCUACGCGAGUCGAAAAUUGAAUCGAACAAAAUGUGAAACGUUUGGAAUUGUGGAUAGAGGAGAAGGAGAGGAUUUUGCGCUGGAUCCAGAUGCAGCUGAUGGGAAUGCAAAAGGCGAUGGAGCCAUUCAAAUCCCGGCUGAUUUUCUUUGCUCAACUUCAGCUACACACUCAGUGUUGACGAUCAUACGCAAUCGUCGCCCGUUCGUUGGCGGCCGAAAAUACAACACGAUUAGUCAAAAGAAGACCCCGGUGGCCACAUUUGCUCAAACGAAUCGGGCAGUUGACCCUGAUCCAAACAAAGAUUUCUUGAUUCCGCCAGCGCCAAACAAAUGCGAUAAGCAACAAUAUUUGCAAGAUACUGGAAGCGUUUUCACAGCAAGUGCAAUCGAUGGUACAAAUCCUGAUGAGCUGGUUUAUAUCAGGAAAGCCGGUGCCACUUCUCGAUACAAAAUCACUGCAAAUAUCCGUAUUGAUACUUCAAAGUACCUGAGACCGUUGCAUGGGGAUUACAAAGUCUCUUGGUGGGACACGACAGAAUUGAGUUGGGCCGAUGAUCAAGAGUGCACAAUUGUAUCGCAUAAAAAGGGGCAGCUCAUUGCUGAAUGUGAUCAUUUGACGGAUUUCACGCUGCUUGUGGACGGUGUUGUGAAUGAUCCGUGUCUUUGUGAUGAUACUUUGAUCGUCAUUGGCUAUAUCAUCACCUCAGCAUCAAUUAUUUGUCUCUUCAUUAUGCUGACCGGAUCGAUUUUGGCUUAUUUUCACACCCUUCGCCGCUACUAUAUUAUCAGAAAAAUUGCUGGCUCUUCGUUGCAAAGAAGAAACAAGCUCACUCUCCUUUACAACAUCACUUUAUUCCUUUUCUAUCUCGUUUUCACAAUUUUCUCGGAUCAGAAAAUUUCGGGUGAUGCCUGCGAUGUGUUUGGCGCUAUCUCAUACAUCCUCUUGAUGGGUUGCAUUCUGCUAACGGUUUUUCAAGCUCUCCGCACGGUUAGUUUAUUCUAUUCGGAUCGAGAGUUUAUGGGGAAAUUUCUGCGAUUCACACAAAGUUUCACGAUAACUGUCGUUGCGUGUUAUGGCACUCCAACUGUUCUCACCAUUUUCUUAUUCACGAUGACGAAUUUCUUUCAACGACAAGAUGGAUAUUGCUGGAUCCGUAGUGAUUAUAUAAUCUACGGAAUUGUCAUCCCGUUAUCAUUCCUCUUGCUGAACGCAAUCGUUUGCACUCUUCUCGUCGUUCGAAGGCUUUUCUGUAUGGGAACAUCGAGUUCAAGAAUGCUCUUAUCCAAAAAUCACAUCUCUCAACGCGUUGUCACCAUUUUGCUCAUGCAGUUGACUCUGGGAACACCUUGGAUUUUACAAUACCUUGCCAUCUUCCAUCCGAGAACAACCGUUUGGCAUUAUCUAUUCACAAUAGUAAAUGGGAGUCAAGGUGUACUCAUUUUCUUAUUAUGGUUGUACAGAAGAUGGAGGCAACAAGUCACAGGUCGUGCGAAGAGGAGCACAGCGAAAGAGUUCACUCGAGAGACUUUUGUGGAAAACGUUUCGACGAUCAGCGAU